CAAUAAAACAAUAUCUUGCAGCGUUUAGAUACACUGUGACCACGAUAAGCGGCGGUCUAUUUAUAAUUAUCAAAAAUGAAAGCUGUAGUGUUCGAUGGAAAGAGUCUUACCCUUAAAUAUGACGAGAACUACCCCAUGCCUGUCAUCCAGAAGGAUGACGAUGUGAUCGUCAAAGUGGAGUACUCUGGCGUGUGUGGUACUGAUCUGCAUAUUAUACAGGGCGAGUUUCCAGCAAGUAAGGAACGUCCGCUGCCCCUUGGCCACGAGUUCAGUGGUGUCAUCCAUCAGGUGGGGAAGGCGUCCAUCUUCAAAGUCGGACAAAAAGUCGUGGUCGAUCCCAAUCGUGCCUGCAACCUUUGCAAUUUUUGCCGCAAUGGAAAAUACCAGUAUUGCCUGUCUGCUGGUAUAAACAGUACCAUUGGAAUAUGGAAGGACGGCGGCUGGGCACAGUACUGCCGAUGUCCUCAGGACCAGGUCUACGUGCUGCCUGAUGGCAUCACCACCGAACAAGCGGGUCUCUGCGAGCCAUACUCCUGUGUAUCUCACGGAUACGACCGCGUCAUACCGCUGCCCAUCGGCAGUAAGAUACUGAUCGUCGGUGCUGGCAUUAUUGGUAACUUAUGGAUAACAACACUACACCUUCAGGGUCAUAAAGACGUUACAGUUUCUGAGAUGAACAAAUCCAGAUUGGACAUUGUCAAGUUGAUGGAGACCGGGUACAGGCUGGUAACACCUGAUGUUUUGGCCGCGGAGAAACAACUUUAUGAUGUCAUUAUUGAUUGUACUGGCGUGGGCAAAGUGAUGGAGAUCAGUUUUAACUAUCUCCAACACGGAGGCAAAUACGUUCUAUUCGGAUGCUGCCCGCCUACACACCAAGCUUCACUGAACCCAUACCAAAUCUAUGACAAAGAGUUGACAAUCAUUGGUGUGAAGAUAAAUCCGUUCAGCUUCCCGAAGGCGAUUGGACUUCUCAAUGCUAUGGGUGACAGAUACCUCAAUUACGAAAAGCUAGGGGUUAAGACCUACCCGCUCUCGGCAUACCAGGACGCGAUCAAAGCUUUGAAGGCGGGGACCAUCUCAAAAGCUAUAUUUAAAAUUGUCUAAAAUUUUUCAGUGAUAAAUAUUUAUUGUAUCUUCAGCAUAAAUAAGCUAAUGUAAAAUGUGAUGUUGUAUGUUAAUCGUUGUUUUGUUUAAUAAAUAUUGUUUUAUCGUG